GUCCACCAAUCAUAUAAUUCGGUAGGCGGGCUCUUACUUAAAGCCCGAAUGACGUCAUCUCCGCAGUGCUCGGGUUGUUGAUGCUGCAUCACCACCUCAGGCUGACGUUGAGCUGUGAGCUGAGGAGUUUGUGAAAUGCAUCAUGGCAGCUGCAUCAUGUCUGGAUCCAGACCUGGUGCGAGAGGUGCUGGAGUGCCCCAUCUGCCUCGAAACAUACAAUCAAGAGCAACUCCGUCCCAAACUGCUCCAGUGUGGCCACUCCGUAUGCCGACAGUGCCUGGAGAAGCUCCUGGCGAGCACCAUUAAUGGCGUGAGAUGCCCGUUUUGCAGCAAGGUGUCCCGAAUGAGCAGCAUCUCACAGCUGGCUGACAAUCUCACAGUGCUGAAGAUCAUCGACUGCGCGAGCUCAUGCAGUUCAGCGGCCGGCCUUAUGUGCAAGUCCUGCAAGAACCGUCUGCCGCGUCACUACUGCUCCGACUGCUCUGUGGUACUAUGCGAUGCCUGCAAGGUGGAAGGUCACCAGCAUCAAGGACACUCGGUGCAGACCAUCCGUGCUGCUGCCGAACAGUGCCGGAAAGACCUCGGCGGAAGGCUGACAACUCUUCGAGAUACCAUGGUGAAUAUUCAAAAGAAGAAAGCGGCGAUCGAUAGCGUUUCGAAAUCCUUGCGUCUAAAAUACAAAGCGGUGCAGCAGGAGUAUGCAAAGUCUGAGCUGCAGCUUCAGGAAGAGCUCGGGCGAUCGCGCCGUGCUUUUGCGGCAUCCCUAGCAGAGGUCGAGAAGCUCAAUUCUCAGAUUCUUGAGGAGCAAUCGUACCUCCUGAACAUCGCCGAGGUCCAGGUUGUGUCUAGGUGCGACUACUUGACCAUGAGGAUUAAGCAAACAGACACCGCUCUUCUAGAAGAGGCAGGCGGGAACGACGAAGAAGAGCUGGAUGUAAAAAGCAAUCUCCCUGUACUCCUGAAGUUGCAAGAACCUGAGCUGGUCAAACAGGAGAACCCACAGUCGUUAGAUAUGGGGCAGCUGCUUACCAAACAGUGUACCGUGAAUACAGAUGAAGAGGACAGUCAGGAAUUAGCUGCUGCUGCUGCUGUCACUGCCACCACUGCUCCUGGAGUUCUGUAUUGUGAUGUCGAUAUGACGAGCACCAUAGAGGAAGCAGUGUGUGCCUCACCAGGCAGCUUUAAAUCCAAAUCCGUAGACGGGGGUGGACCUGCAACCGGAGGAGCGUCCGGAGGUCAGUUUUGUCAGUUUGUUAAGAAGAUGGGGUGCAAAGGGAACCUUCCAGGCAUGUUUAACCUGCCGGUGAGCAUCUGCGUAACUCCUCAUGGUGACGUUCUGGUGGCGGACCGAGGCAACUAUAGAAUUCAGAUCUUCAAUCGCAAGGGCUUCCAGCGAGAGAUCCGUCGCAACCCGAGCAGCAUCGAUAACUUUGUCUUGAGCUUCCUAGGUGCCGACCUUCCCAAUCUCAUCCCCUUGUCCAUUGCCAUCACCCCUCAGGGACUUAUCGGUGUCACGGAUAACUACGAUAACUCUGUCAAGGUUUACACGACGGACGGGCACUGCAUCGCAUGUCACAAGAACCAACUGAUCAAGCCAUGGGGAAUUGCUGCCAUGCCUUCUGGGCAGUUUGUCGUGUCCGACGUGGAAGGGGGCAAGCUCUGGUGCUUGGCGGUGGAUCGAAAUGUUGGGGUUGUAAACUACAAUAGGUUGUGCUCAGCUGUCAGGCCUAAGUUUGUGACUUGCGACUCUUCUGGGACAGUUUACUUCACACAAGGGUUAGGACUGAACAUCGAAAACAGGCAUAACGAACACCAUCUGGAAGGAGGGUUCUCCAUCGGGUCAGUCGGGACGGACGGCCAGCUUGGGAAACAGCUAAGCCAUUUUUUCUCCGAAACCGAGGAUUUCCGCUGUAUCACAGGAAUGUGCGUGGACGCCAAUGGGGACCUGCUGGUGACGGAUAGCGGCCGGAAGGAGAUCCUGCAGUUCCCCAAAGAAGGAGGUUAUAACAUUCUGAUUCAGGAGGGACUGACAUGUCCCGUCGGAGUGGCUGUCACACACAAAGGACAGCUUCUGGUUUUGGACUGCUGGGACCACUGUGUCAAGGUGUACACCUAUUUACAGAAGCGGCGCUCUUCGACUUGUUAAGAACGCAACACUUUAUUUCCUAGUCACUUUAACUCAAGGUCUGCAUCAUCUCAAAUAUUUUGUUGGUAGGGUUGAAAGAAGUGCAGAUGAAACACUACUGCCAGCGAGAGACGGGGGACAAAAUGGCCUCGCUGGUAUGGCAUCGGCUCCUUUUUUGUUUGUUUGCUUGUUUGUUUGUUUUUUUCUUUCGGAAAUACCGCACAACAGACGGCAAUAAGUUGACAAGUAUCGUCUUUUAUGUGGGAGCGUUUGUGAAAUUAUUAACGUAUACAAAAGCGUCAAAUUGGAGGACUGCAGGGUUCAAGUCAAGAGCUUAACCAAAUGGAAAUAUUAGAUCUGGAUGCAUAAACAUAAACUUGCUCAUAUCUCUUUCCAUCCACUGAUGUCUUCAACAUGAAAGUGCUCUCUCGUAUCAUGGAACACUUACGUAGUUUCAUCCUGCAGCAUAAAAUAUCAGAACUCAGUGUAACUCUUAUCUGUUAUCCUGUGGUAUAAAAUGAAUAUUAUGAUCUUGCACUUAAUAAAGUCAUCAACAUAGAUGUUGAUUGUUGUAGUUACCAAAGUAUUCUAAGGUCAGGAUUUCUCAGCAUGCGAUCCCUGCAAUAGUUUGUAAUUUCACCACAGAAGAUCCGACCUGCCGACCUUUAGGAAUCGUGCGUAGGUGCUCACACAAUCUCUUACAAGUUUACGUGGAAAAACAACUUGGGUUAAAAGAGCAGCAGCAGAUGAGGCUGGCGACGUAUGUACCGGGAAUUGCGUAGGAUAUACAAUGUUAGGUAACACCCCUUCUGGAAACCCCGCCCCUUCUUCAGUUAAUCACAUUUUUCGACAGCAAUCUCGACUUUUAACUUGCAGCCUCCGAUCUUGUCACAGGUGUACUGAACAAAGAAUUUAAGUUAAGACUUAAGACGUUCAACUUGGCCGGCGUUCAACCGUUCAAAGUCCGGGGUCUUUAUGGUAGAGUAUAAACCGAGUAUAGACGUGGUUAUUCUGUAACCAACAGCUGUGAAGAACUCCUGCCACCGCUCGUCUUUAAACAAACGUUUACAUGCACGCUUUCUUCUUUAGUGUUCUAGAAAAAAACGACACCGCAAUUAGCAGAAUGCGCACCGUACCAACCUCUCACACAACUACGCAUUAUUCCUCGUUACAUUUUGGCAGGUCUGGAAAACGAAUGCAGGACAAUAUCGACCAAGCAGUAUACAAUCUCCUACAGCGUUCAAGUGUCCUUGUUUUGACUUACAACUUGUUUUAUGAGCUGGAAAUAUUAAGCAUAUUAGGAGUCUUAAUCGAAACGUACAAAUUCAACGCAAUCAUACUCACUCGCUAGUUUAUUUCGUACCGUAAGCAUCCGAGACGCCGAUCCCAUUAGCAGACGACUAGACGCGUCGCCCACAGACUCCAGAGUUGUGUUUUUAAUCGUGCUGUUUAACGUGUGUAGCUUUUAAUAGAAUAAAAAUAAAGAUCUAAAAGAACAUCUUAAAAAAAAAAUAAUAAUAAUUUAAGAUGACAAUCCAGAGCGAGUUCGGUCGUUUAGUUGACUCCUUGAGGUUUGGCAUGUCCCGAUUUAUAAUUUUAUGGAAAUUGUUAUGAAAUUGUAACACUUUGUUUAUUUAAAUUGGUAAUUAAACAGCAUUUCUGUCUGUAAUGCUUUUUUGUUUAUCUACAAUAAAAGAAAACUUGACAAAAAAAAAAUAGAGCACUUUAGAAAGCACUUAACUGGAUAAAUACCUCCAGACUGCAGCCUCCAGGGUAAUUUGGGUGUUUUGAUAAUACACCAUGUUGGCAAUACUUUGAAUCCGGGACAUGCCGGAUUGAAACUGAGUCUCACAUAAGAACCGCAUCUAGUCUAGAAGUAACACGGUGACUCGAAACUUUCAACACUGUUAUCAUCCCACCCUUUAUUUUAAAAAUAAAUAAAUAAAUGUGUUUAAAAAAAACAGGGUGCUGUAAACACACAUUUCAGUCCUGGACACUACACGGUGACACCGUAGUCUCGCAUAGACGUCGUGAAGUAAAACUCUCCAAUUAUUUCUUUGUAUUUGUUCAUGAUCAGUUGUGUGCAAUAAAUUCAUUAAUAAAUUAA